AUGGUGCUGACAGUAACUCUGCUGGUCCUGUUGGGUUUUCUGAGUCAGGGUGAGAGAUUCAACAAUGAAUAACAUUAUAAUAGAAUUAAUUAUAUGAAUGUUGUUGUUUUUUUGUGUGCAGCUUUUCUCUUUUUUUCUGUGUUUUAAAUCUUUUCUUCAUUUUCUAAUAGUUUGAUUUCUUUGUCUCAUUUCAGAGUCUUCUGCAAACAACUUUCUGACUCAGGCUGACAAAUUCAAGUCUGUACGUCUUGGUGAGACUGUGACAAUCAGCGCAACAGGGAGUUCAGACAUUGCGAAUGAUCUCAGCUGGUACAUUCAGAAACCUGGACAGGCUCCCAAACUGCUUAUAUACAAAGCAUCAACCCUUUUCUCAGGAACCCCGUCUAGAUUCAGUGGAAGUAGAUCUGGUUCUGACUACACUCUGACCAUUCAAGGUGUUCAGGCUGAAGAUAUUGCAGAUUAUUACUGUCUUGGUGCCCAUAGUGAUGGAGAGUCCACACAGUGA